AUGCUGCCAGUUCACGCCGCUCUGAUCCUGAUUACCUGCUUAAUCACAGCUUGUGCGGCUGACGAUGAUGAUAACGAAGGAGGGCAUGGGUUAGUGGCCUUUAUCAACUGUUUGACUGAGGGAAAUGUGACAGAUAACUUAUACUUGGUCAAACCGAUUGAUACCAAUCUUCAACUGUGUCAUUACGUGGGUGAGUUUAACGAAAGCGAUGGCUAUGAGAACUAUUAUGCUGUUCUAUUUUUUAUGAACAUGUGCUGGAUUCGACACCUUCCACAUUCCAGUUUUUCUGUUGAAAGAGUGAGGGACCUUCGUGAAUUACCCGAAGAAGCACACCACGUGCAUUACUAUAGCACAGAAGAAUUGCUUAGCGCAAGACUAGAUAGAGGUGGACAAACGUUUGAUAUUCUUCCGUUUAACUUUCCUUUUACUGACGAAGAGAGUAUAAGUUUCAGUGACGAGGAGAAUGAGAUCUCUGGUGACGAAGCGCCUGAAGCUUCUGGUGACGAAGCAAUUGAGGCUCCUGGUGACGGAGAGAUUGAGAGUUCUGGUUAUGAAUCCUCUGGUCCAAGGGACUUCAAUAUAACCGAUUUUCUUUUGUCCCAUAAUUAUCAUCUUCUUACUAGUGACGAGGAGAGUGAGACUUUCAGUGACGAAGAAAUUGAAAAUUCUGGAGACGAAGACAUUGAGAAUUCUCCGGAGACACAAUCUCCUCCAUCUGCUAGCGCUAUGCCCCAGAAUUCGGAAGGUACAUUGACAAACCAGAAUGUGAAAGAUUGCGACGUCGAAUUUUAUGUGUAG